GCUGAUGAAGGAGCUUGAAGAAACCCGCAAACGUGGAAUGAAAAACUUCCGUAACAUCCAGGGUGAUGAGGCUAAUUUAUUGACUUGGCAAGGGCUUACUGUUCCUGACAACCCUCCAUAUGAUAAGGGGGCCUUCAGAAUCGAAAUCAACUUUCCAGCAGAGUACCCAUUCAAACCACCGAAGAUCACAUUUAAAACAAAGAUCUAUCACCCGAACAUUGAUGAAAAGGGGCAGGUCUGUCUGCCAGUAAUUAGUGCUGAAAACUGGAAGCCAGCACCCAAAACCGACCAAGCAAUCCAGUCCCUCAGAGCACUGGUGAAUGACCCCCAGCCUGAGUACCCACUUCGGGCCGACGUGGCUGAAGAAUAA